AUGUAUUGCCGACACCAUCGCGUGUACAACUGGCACACCAACAAUGGAACCAUGCCCUCACUGAAUGCCCCACCUACGUAUCGAGCAAUAAACAGCUCAUUUGAUCCCCAUUUCACAGUUGAUACUCCUUACAUGUCCCCGGAUACGAUGCGUUCCAACCGUGCAAACCACUCUAAUUACGGAUAUAACAAUAGUUCUCUUCAUCCCUUGAGCCAGCGUCUACCUGUCUCUAACCCGGGCUUAUCUGCUGGGCCAAACAACCGAUUGACCGCUGGUUUAGAUGACCAUCACCAUCCUGUUAUAUGUGACGCAAACGACACGAAUGCCUUUAUUAUUGAUUCAGCCAUGGCAUCAGCAAUGCAUCGUGGUGGUGUGGUACCUCUGGUAGAGGAUUUAGAUUUAGAUCUUGGGCCACAGCACCACACCGCUGGACCUGCGCAUCUCUCUCCCUCUCCUGGGCUUGUGGGUGUAAACUCUUGCUACGGAUCCCGAGCAGCCUCUGAUUCCAGUCGUCGGCAUAUAGUGCACCAUCCGGUUCAUCGCUCGGAUGAACAAGAAGGAGACGGGGUUGUAGAUAGUCUAACUCCUGGUGAUGUGGACGAAGACGGUUUGGAUGAGUCGCACGGUCCAAAUCAUCACCAUCCUGUUUAUGGCUACCAUUACAUGAUGAUGGCCUAUCAAAAUGAGGAGGCAACCAAUGGUCACGGAGUCUCAAGAUCACAAGCCCUUGAUGGUUCGUCUGGCGAUCGACGCGAUCGUGCUCUGAAUCAUCAUCAUCCCCAUCAUCGCUUGUUACUCAUGCCAGAUGGUUCCGAUGCGGACGCCGUGAAUGGAAUGGGAUCGCCUGUGCGAGGUUUGACAUUGCCCUCAGGUGCCUCCGUUCGUCACAGUCCCCUAACGGGUCCGGCGGCCGCAGCGGCAGGGGUUUCCGUCCGUCCGGAUAGCGUCUCAGCGGUGGUGGCAAGUAGCUCUAACGCCGUGACCUCGAUCACCUCAUCGACAGUGGCCGCUCCGCAACCAUCAAUGUCCGCUUUUCUUCCAGGACCGGAUGAAUUCUAUACAAUCAACGACUCAGACGAUCUAGAGAUUAACUGGCCCCAGGAAACAGUGAGCGGAGUGAAUGGUUAG